AUGGCUAUCCCACCCCAAAGCCUGCCACCACCACCACCACCGCCCUCAUCAAAACCAUCACCACGUCCCGUAUAUGUGCCGCCACCUCGUUUAUUUCCUGAUGGGCGGAGGCACGUGACGUUUGAUUUAUAUUCCGAUCCGCAGGAAGUUGUACCUCACGAGGAGCUGGAGAACUAUCGAGUAGGCGGUUUCCAUCCAGUCAAUCUCGGCGACACAUUUCAAAAUGGCCGAUACACUAUUAUGCUAACAGCACAUAUGUCGCUCAAUCGAUGGGUAUCGAUUAAGGUAAAGUCGGCUGCGUGCUCGACUAAGAAUUUAGGCGAUGACCCAGAGGUUAAGGUUAUGAAACACUUAGAGCAACAUUACACCAAGUCAGGGUGUGAGCCGAUCCCUGCUGCUCGUCUGUUGAAUUGCUUCCACCAUACUGGGCCUAAUGGCACCCAUAACUGCCUUGUUAUGGAGUUACUUGGACCUUCACUUUCUCACAUACUCCAGUGCUAUCAGUGGUGGGGGCAGACAUUUCAUCCUGACACGUUACUGAGAGCAUCAUGUCAGUUGCUCAGCGCGCUAGACUCCAUCCAUAAAGCAGGCUUCGCUCACGGAGACUUGUCGAAUUCUAAUGUCGCCUUUACCUGCAAGAAUCUCGUAGAGGAUGAUGAAGAUCUCUUAUACGCAAUCGGCGAGCCAGUUAUCGCAGAAUAUUCCCACGGUGAUCCAUGGACCCCCGAGCUGCCUAAACACCUAGUAUUAUUCACUUAUUGGCCCGGCUGGUGGGAGGCACCUGAAGAAGACUUUCGGUUACUUGACCUAGGGGCCGUAUUUCCUGUCAGUGAUUCAGUUAUGAGCAUAGACCAGCCUAGGGACAUAUACUCGCUAUACUAUCAGGAGCGCCCCUUUACGUCGCUCACCAGCCAUGACGCAUGGUAUAUCCAAAAGCUAGUUCGUAGAUUGGGACCAUUACCAGAAGCCUGGCAAAACAAGUGGGAUGAUAUAAAGGAGCGAAGUGACCCCAUACCUGAUAACCAUCAUUUUGCUCCAGAACCUAUCACAGAAACGUUUGAACCUCGACGUAAUGCAAUAAUCGUUGGUCAAGACGCCGAGGUCAGCGAUUACGAGAGAGACGAACAUACAGAUUACGACUUUGCAGCUUUAAGCUCAUUGCUCCGGGUAUUGGAGGGGCUUUUACAGUAUCAGCCUGCUAAGAGGCUUUCACCUGAGGAGGUGAUCUCGCAUAUCCAAUUAAAUUGGACCGACCAUAGGAGGCAGUCAAUAUUCAAGUACCCCAGUCUAGAUGAAGCUCCAUAGAG